AUGAAGUUCUCCCUCCUCGCCUUCACGGCCAUCGUGCCAUUGGCCGCCGCACACUUCAAGCUGAUAUACCCAACCUCUCGUGGCUUCAACGAGGAUACCAUGCCCAAUUUCCCCUGCGGUGGAAUGGGCCAGUCCUCUAAUCGCACCAAGCUACCACUGUCUGGUGGCUCAUUCCCCGUCGCUCUUGAGAUGCACCAUGCCCAGACUGCCGUCGAGGUCCUUCUUGCGCUGGGCAGCAAUCCGGAAGACAACUUCAACAUUGUCCUCACGCCAACUUUCAGGGUCACCGGCCUUGGCGAGUUCUGUCUUCCUCACGUCGAGAUCAAUCAGAAGCUGAUCGGCCGUAAUCUCACCAAUGGAAUGAACGCUACCCUUCAGGUACAGACCAAUGGUGACCCAAGCGGUGGUCUCUAUGCUUGCGCCGAUAUCCAAUUCUCCUCCGACGUCACAUACCAGACACCAUCUGCUUGUAGCAAUAACACCAAUCUCGCUGCAACCACCUUCCCCGAGGCUUCUGCUGCGCGUAAUGCCAACGAGUCUACUUCUGAGGGUCAAGCACAAAGCGGAUCCUCGUCUCCCUCCUCUACUUCCACCUCCAAGGGUGCUGCUGUGCCGAUGCAAACCGCCGCUUGGGGAGUUCUUGGUGCUGCUCUCGUCGGUGGCAUUGCUGUGCUGUAA